UGAGCUAAACUGGCAAACAGAAAGGAAAUAUAUUCACCAAAGGUUUUUUUUAAAAAACUUUUUGUUAUAGCAAGUGAAAAAUGCAUCUCUUGUUUUGGAGGCAGUAUUUUCAUGCGAAUAAUAAACUUUGAAUGUUUUUUUGAAUUACUACUUUCUGUUAUGUCAUGGAACAGUUUGGAGUUCACAGAAUUUUCCUUCUAGUCAUUUCCUUGAUAAAGAUCUUGGAGAGUACAAAACUGCUGGCAGAGUUUAAAAAGUGCGGAGAUGUGGAAUGUGAAACUUUAAUAAACAGAGCAGUAGCGCUAAGAGAUUACAGAGGACCUGACUGCCAAUACUUGAACUUCAAAACAGGAGAAGAGAUAUCUGUUUACGCCAAACUUUCAGGAGAAAGAGAAGAUUUGUGGGCAGGAAGUAAAGGAAAGGAUUUUGGAUAUUUUCCAAAAGAUGCAAUCCAAGUUGAGGAGGUUUUCAUUUCUGAAGAAGUUAAAGUGCCAACUAAAUUGUGCUCCAGAGAAUUGAAGGAAUCUGACUUCAUUUGUCUUCAUGAAAUAAAUUAUGAGUUUGAAAAGGAAGAUAAUGAAGUAACUGACUAUUCAGAUGCAGAAGAAAAAAACCAGGAAUCUAAUACAGAUGGAAGUGAAUUCCUGAGAACAGCUGAAAUUUACUUAACUCCUGAAAAUACUGAGUUAGAUAACCAGUCCCCAACAACAGAGGGUCUAGAAAAUACCAGAAGUAUAGAUGAACCAGGAGUCUGGGGAAAAGUAGAACCUGAGAGUUUAACGGAGAAUGCUGCCAAUCAAGAAUCUCCAAGUCAUGUUGCCCAAGUGGAUCCUCCAUCGUCUUCUUGGGUUACAGGAUGGUUUGGUCUGGGAAGUGGAGUUGAAGAAGAGAUUUUUGAAUCAGUUGCUGAACCACAACAGCAAAAUUCAUUUCUCAGUAGAAAAUUAGCUGUAAGUGAUGAGAAUGACUUAAAGGAGUUAAACAUUGAACAUCCUCUAGAAAAACAUGAGUUAGAACCUACAUCAGAGUUUGAUCCUUACCCACUAGGAGAGCCUGCACCAGAAUCUGAGCUUGAAGAAGUGCCUGAUGCUCAGACAACUGCCUGGCUUGAUGGUAACUUUAUAGAAUAUUUUGGUUUUGGCCAAGGGGAUCCAGGAUUUAAGUUAUCAUCCAAAGAAAAUACUUCAUUACUAGAAAAUACUUCACUACCACAAGACAUUCCCAUCACUGUUCCAUCUGAUCAAGAACCCAUAGUUCCACAAACAGAAAACCCAUCAGAAGUAGAGAAACCCAAGACAAAUGAUUACCCAGUUCUUCAGCCAAGUUGGUUGAAUUUGCUGUACUUUGCAUAUGGCAAAAAAGAGCAAGUGAAAACAGAUGAGCAACAAACAGAAGGCAGUACUGGAGGAAAUGACAAUGAAAAUCUUUCAUCAAGUGAUUUUGACUUUGAUAAUAAUGAGGAAACAGAAAUUGACAAAACUGGGGAAAUUAAAGAUCAAACAGACAAGAAAAGGGUUUUGCAGGAUCCAGGAGGUUCUGAUACUUCACUUUAUUUGGAAAUGUUGUUGGAUAAUGCUGAUAACCCUUGGAACUCCCACAAUAUUCCCAAGGAAAUCAAGGAACCAUUUUCCAAAAAAAUUUGGGAUCAAGAUGAACCACUAGCAACUGAUAAAACAGAAGAAUUAUCAGAUGAAAGUCAAAUCACAGAAAAUGAGGAGGUUAGAUCAAAAACCAAAAGCAGUCAGUCAGACUCUAAAAUGAAAUAUAAAGAGGAAUCCCAGUGGCAACAAGUAGAAAAAUCUCCAUCUUCCACUCCUGAGGAAAACAGUGCUAAAGCAGAAGAUGUGCUUCAGUCUCAGAUACUUGAAUAUUUACUUCAGCUUAAAAUGUAUGACCUCCUGAUGUCUCCAAAAAAGGAGUCUCAGGCACUGGAUUGGCCCUCUAAGUCGCCAGAGAGAAGAGGGGAGAGGGACGGUGCGGUCGUGGUACGGAUCAAGAGCGGAUACACAGCAGGUGGCGGUGGGAGGGCUAUCCAGGUUGUAUCAGCUUUGCCUGAAGAUAUGAAACGAGGUACUGAUCUAUAUGGAUUUCCCUGGGAAAUAGUGAUAUGUGCAUUUACAGUUGGCUUUUUUACAAUUUUCCUUUUUUUGUGCAGAGGUUUUUAUUCGGUUAAAAGCCGACUUUAUGUAGGAAGGGAAAAACAGCUUACUAAAAAAAUUACUGAACUAAUGGAAGAAAAAUGUGAGAUGCUGAAUAAAUUUAGCCUUUGUCAAAAAGAGUAUAGAUCUCUAGAAUCAUCUUUGAAGGAUGGAAACUUUGAGAGAGAGUCAUCAGAAAUACCCAGUCUGCAGGUGGGGGGCGACAAGUUUGAAGGAUCACAGAUAUUAGAGGCUGCAUAUGAAAAGCUGGACAAGGCAAACUCUGUGCUUCUGGAUGAAAUACAUUCUCUAGAAACAGACUUGAAAGAGGAGAAAUCUAAACGAUCAGAACAAGAUGAGUUGAUGGCUGACAUUAAAAAACGGAUACAAUCACUCGAAGAGGAAUCAAAAUCUGUCAAAUCGCAAGUAGCUGAAGCCAAAACAACCCUAAAAGUAUUUCAGCUGAAUGAGGAACGACUUAAAACAUCAAUAGAAGAUGCGUUGGAAGAAAAUUCCCAUCUUCAGGAAAGCCAAAAACAGCUUUUAGAAGAAUCUAAAGGAUGGAAUGAACGAUUGAAUGAACUUAAUGAACAGAAAAAAAUGUUUGAAACUUCUAAAGCAAAUAUGGAGCAAAUUAUAACUAAUAAAGAAAGUCAAAUCAAGUCUCUGACGGAAUGCUUGCUGAAGAUGAAAGAUUGGGCUACUGCACUGGGGGAAGAUAAUGUCAAUGAUAAUUAUUGUGAAGCUGAAAUAAACAGUGACUCAGCAGUUGGAGACCAUUUAGAUGAUCACCAAAAACAGACAGUGAAAAAACUGAUUUAUGCUGCUAAGUUGAAUACUAGUUUAAAAACCCUGGAAGCAGAAAGGAACCAUAUAUAUUCUCAGUUGUCUGAUGAAGAUAAAAUAAAGGAAGAGCUUAAAGGUCAAAUUGAGGUUCUUCAGACUGAGCAAGUGUCUUUGCAGACUGAAAAUGCAUAUUUUGAGAGUGAGGUGCAAAACCUUCAGCAAAAACUUAAAGUAAUGACUGAAUUGUAUCAAGAAAAUGAAAUGAAACUUCAUAGGAAGUUGACUGUGGAAGAAAAAGACCGCUUACAGAAAGAGGAGAAACUUUCCAAAGCCGGAGAAAAGAUUAGUCAUGCUUCUGAAGAGCUUAAUUCUUACAGAGAACGAGCCAAGGAUCUUGAAGAAGAAUUGGAAAGGACUGUUCGUUCUUAUGAAAGCCAGAUCACUGCUCAUGAGAAAAAAGCUCAUGAUAAUUGGUUGUCAGCCCGGGCUGCUGAAAGACACCUCAGUGACUUAAAAAAAGAAAAUGCACAUAACAGACAAAAGUUAACUGAAAUAGAAUUUAAAUGUGACCUCUUAGAAAAAGAUCCUUAUGCCCUUGAUGUUCCAAAUAGAUCCUUUGGCAGAGAGCAUUCCCCAUAUGGACCCUCACCAAUGGGUCGGCCUUCACCAGAAAUGAGAGCUUUUCUCUCCCCUCCAACUCUGUUGGAGGGUCCACUCAGACUUUCACCUUUGCUUCCAGGGGGAGGAGGAAGAGGUUCAAGAGGACCAGGGCAUCCUCUGGAAUAUCAGAAUGCAAGUGAGCGAGGAGAAUUAUCUGAUCCCCACAGAGCACCUUCAGACACUGAAUCUCUGUCACCUUCAUGGGAUAGAGAUCGUAGAAUGAUUAUUCCUCAUUCAGAUGGGGUGGCAUCCUCAGAAAUGGAAUCCAGCAGGAAUGAUACCAAAGAUGAUUUUGGUAAUUUAAAUAUGCCUGACCCAUCUCUCGCAUCUCAAAGUGAAGUAGCUGGCCCAGGCUUUGCUCCACCGCCUCUUCCUUUAGUCCGAGGUCCUUUGUUGCCAGUGGAUCCAAGAGGAUCAAAAAUGAGAAGAGGACCUCACGUUACACUCCCUCCUCCAGGAAGUAUGUAUGGACCUCCUAGGGGCUACUUUCCAGCAAGUAAUUUCCCUGGCCCACCACCUCCUCAAUUAUCAAUGAGAAGUGUCUAUCCACCCAGGUCCUUUCCUCACUAUCUUCCCUCAAGAGAUGGAUUUUUCCCCCCACCUCCACAUCCUGAAAGUAGAAAUGAGCAAUCUUCAGGGUUGAUUCAGCCUUCAAAUGAGCCUGCUGCUGAUCAUCGAGAGCCACAGCAAGAAACUUGACAGUUUUUUUUGUUUCACCAAAAGUAAUUUAUGAUGUAUUUUUUAAUCAUCUCUUAUUCUUAGUUUAAGCAACUACUGUUACUUCACUGGUUUUACUGUUCCUCAAAUUGAAGCUUGAUGAAAUAAUUUUCGAUGUAAGGUUUUGUAAAUAAAGAUGAUUUAACUGAGUUUUAUGAAUACCUAAUUUCCCGUUGUGUAAAUACUCCUUAUAUACAUUUGAAAUUUUGCAUUUUAACUUGGUUAAGCAGGUCACUGUAAUCUAAACUAAAUAAUAUGCAGGUUUUAAGUGAUCAAUUCAGCUUUGGGAAACAUUUGAAAUUGCUAAAGCCAUUCCUGCUAUUCAUUAUGGUUAUAAGACAAAGAUGAAAGAAACUUGAUGUUUACCCUAAAAUAAUAAAUUUCAGUUGGUUUAAAAGAUUUGUUUGGCAUUGAAAAUAUUUAAUUGUGACUGCACUAGGUAGCUUUAAUCCUGAACAGGGCUCAUCGUGGAGGUUAUUAUAAUUCUGGUAUAAUAUCAAAAAUACUCUUUGCAUGUAAACUUGAGUGACCCAAAGUAAUAAAAUUACAUAAUCUGUUCAAAUUGAAGUUGUUCACAUUUCAAAAAAAGAAUAAAACUGAUGUGAGAUCUGAA